AUGAUAUUAAAUCAGGGCUGCGAGAUAAACGAUCCUACACUUCGAUUCCAUGUUGCUCAAAGGACUCUUGAAUUAACUGAUUGCGAUUUGCCGUUUAACGAAACAAUGGUUAAACCCAGGCCAAGAAACACUGAAAGAGGAUUGAUACCUAAAAUAAUUUACGAUGGAGCUGCAAGAAAAGUAAUUGAUAACCACCAACCUGUGAGGAAAGUGGCUAAAGAAUAUGAAAUGUGUCAUGUGAUCGUUAUCCUGCAGCCAAGUUUCAGUACAACAGAUGAUAUCAUAGCCAGACAUAGCGACAUUUACAAAGAAUUCUUUACACUUAGAGUUCAUUCCGCGUACGUUCUGGUAGUAAACAGAGAUGCGACGAUCAGAAAAGGUAGAAACUGUUACAAAAUUCUGAGUAUUUAUCUGUUCAUAGGGGGUUACACCGGGAAAAUCCGAACUAAGAAAACAAUAACUUAG